AGGUGGCGGAGACAAAAAUGUCUAUCACGGAGUACAAUGGUGGCUGCGUUAUUGGCAUGGCGGGGAAAAACUGUGUAGCGAUUGCAUGCGACAAGCGAUAUGGUGCGCAAUACCAGACUCUAGCGACAGACAAGACGAAAGUGUACAAGAUGCAUGACCAGCUCUUCAUCGGUCUUGCUGGCCUUGCCACCGACCAGCAGACCUUUUACGAAAGAUUGAAGUUCAGGUUGGCCAUGUACUCGCUCAGAGAGGAGAGGCUCAUUAAGCCCGCCUCGUUCGGAAAGAUGGUCUCGACUCUCCUCUACGAAAAGCGGUUCGGUCCGUACUUCAUUGAGCCGGUCAUUGCGGGGUUGGACAAGGAGAACAAGCCGUACCUCUUCUCUUCCGACUUUAUCGGGGCUCCUCUCCUCCCAGACAUGGACACGAAUGGGUUUGUUGUAGCAGGCACAUGUACAGAGCAGCUUAUGGGGAUGUGUGAAUCAAUGUGGCGGAAAGACCUUGAGCCCGAAGAGCUCUUCGAAACCGUUUCUCAGUGUCUUCUCGCGGGACAGGACAGAGACUGUCUGAGCGGAUGGGGAGCUGUCGUCCACAUCAUUUGUCCCGAUCGAGUGAUCACAAGGACCCUCCGAGGAAGAAUGGACUAAGAGGAAAGAGGAAUAACGAAUCCAUGGCAGAAGACAUCGACGAAUCCAAACGAUCGGGCAACAAAACAGCAGAUGCGCUUGCUCAUAUAGGAAUUACAGAAUCUCAUCGCUAUCGCUGCAUGUUUUAACUAAGAAAAAAUCUCAAG